CCCCCCGGUCUCUCUCUGUCUCUCCUCCUCCCUCCUCCUGCUCCGGGCGGAGCCCGGCAUGGGGGGGCCGGCGCCCGGCAGGCCAGUGGAUCCGGGACCCAGGGAGGGUCGCCCCCCGGGCCUGGUGGCGCUGAGCAGGAAUCCCCAGCACCUGCCUCCUGCCCCACGACAUGAACCUCCUCUACCGAAAAACCAAGCUGGAGUGGAGGCAGCACAAGGAAGAGGAGGCCAAGAGGAGCUCCAGUAAGGAGGGGGCUCCUGCAGGCUCCUCGGGGCCCGGGGCCGGCCCAGGGCCGGGGGUCCGCGUGCGGGACGUUGCCUCGCUGCGCCGCUCGCUCAGGAUGGGCUUCAUGACGAUGCCCGCCUCCCAAGAGCACACCCCCCACCCCUGCCGCAGCGCCAUGGCCCCACGCUCCCUCUCCUGCCACUCGGUGGGCAGCAUGGACAGCGUGGGGGGCGUGCCUGGGGGGGGCGGGGGGGGCCUCACAGAGGACGGCAGCACCCGAAGACCCCCGGCCAAGCCCCGGAGACACCCCAGCACCAAGCUCAGCAUGGCAGGGCCGGGGGCAGAGACGCCCCCCAGCAAGAAAGCAGGCUCACAGAAGCCAACCCCGGAGGGCCGCGAGUCCAGCCGGAAGGUUCCUCCACAGAAGCCCAGGCGAAGUCCCAACACCCAGCUCUCUGUCUCCUUUGAUGAGUCCUGUCCCCCAGCCGCCUCUCCUCGAGGGGGGAACCCGCCCCUUCACCGCCUCAGUAGGGGGUCCUGUGUAGCUGGGGACCCUGAGGUGGGUGCCCAGGAAGAGGAGCCGGUGUAUAUUGAGAUGGUGGGGGAUGUCUUCAGGGGAGGAGGGCGGAGUGGAGGGGGACUGACUGGGCCCCCUCUUGGGGGUGGGGGGGGGCCGACCCCAACGGCUGGCGCUGACUCGGACUCAGAAGAGAGCGAGGCCAUAUACGAGGAGAUGAAGUACCCGCUGCCCGAGGAGGCCGGGGAAGGCCGCGCCAAUGGGGCCCCUCCGUUGACGGCAAGCUCCACACCGCACCAGCCUCACGCCCUUCAGCUCCACACCCAGCGCCGUCCAGCUUCAGCCCUCCCGAGCCGGAGGGAGGGGACGCCCACGAAGACCACUCCUUGUGAAAUCCCGCCGCCCUUCCCCAACCUCCUCCAGCACCGUCCUCCACUCCUGGCCUUCCCCCAGGCCAAGCCUGCUUCCCGAGCCCCUGGCGAUGGGGUCUCGAGGCUACCAGUCCUUUGCCACUCCAAGGAGCCAGCCGGCUCCACCCCAGCUCCCCAAGUGCCUGCCCGGGAGCGGGAGACGCCUCCCCCACCGCCUCCGCCUCCCGCUGCCAACCUGCUGCUGCUGGGACCCUCGGGCCGAGCCCGGAGCCACUCGACACCCUUGCCGCCCCAGGGCUCUGGCCAGCCCCGGGGGGAGAGGGAGCUCCCCAAUUCCCACAGCAUGAUCUGCCCCAAGGCGGCAGGGGUGCCAGCAGCCCCUCCUGCCCCGGCUGCCUUGCUCCCUGGCCCCCCCAAGGACAAGGCCGUGUCUUACACCAUGGUGUACUCAGCAGUCAAGGUGACCACGCACUCCGUCCUGCCCACCGGUCCGCCCCUGGGCGCUGGGGAGCCAAAGACGGAGAAGGAGAUCUCAGUCCUCCACGGGAUGCUGUGCACCCGCUCGAGACCCCCCGUGCCUGGGAAGUCCAGCCCCCAUGGCGGGGCUAUGGGCGCAGCAGCUGGGGUUCUCCACCACCGCGCCUGCCUGGCCUCCCCACACAGCCUUCCGGACCCAACUGCAGGCCCCCUGCCCCCCCUCUGGACCUACCCAGCUGCGGCAGCUGGGCUCAAGAGACCCCCUGCCUAUGAGAGCCUCAAGGCUGGGGGGGUGCUGAAUAAGGGCUGUGGAAUGGGGGCUCCAUCCCCCGUGGUCAAGAUCCAGCUGCAGGAGCAAGGGACCGACGGGGGGGCCUUUGCCAGCCUUUCUUGUGCCCACGUCAUCGCCAGCGCGGGGACACCAGAAGAGGAAGAAGAGGAGAUGGGUGCCUCGACGUUUGGGGCAGGCUGGGCUCUGCAGAGGAAGGUCCUGUAUGGCGGGAGGAAGGCGAAAGAGCUGGACAGAGAGGUCGAGGACAGUGUCCAGGCCUGGAAUGGCAGUGCCGAGGGUGCAGGCAAGGUGGAGCGUGAGGACAGAGGCUCUGUGGCAUCAGGGAUCCCAGUGAGGAGCCAGGGGGCAGAGGGCCUGCUGGCCAGGAUCCACCACGGAGGGGACCGAGGAGGAAGCCGCCCCGCGCUGCCCAUACCCUGCCAGACCUUCCCCGCCUGCCACCGCAACGGAGACUUCACGGGAGGCUACCGCCUGGGGCGCUCCGCCUCCACCUCAGGAGUCCGGCAGGCCGCGCUCCACACCCCUCGGCCCUGCAGCCAGCCCAGGGAUGCCCCGAGCCAGAUCCAGCCUGCGCUGCCGCUGCCGCUGCCGCUGCCCCUGCCGCCCCAGGCCACCCGCGAGCGCGACGGCAAGCUGCUGGAGGUGAUCGAGCGCAAGCGCUGCGUGUGCAAGGAGAUCAAGGCGCGCCACCGUCCCGACCGCGGCCUCUGCAAGCAGGAGAGCAUGCCCAUCCUCCCCAGCUGGCGGCGCGGGCCUGAGCCCCGCAAGUCCGGCACCCCGCCCUGCCGCCGGCAGCACACAGUCCUCUGGGACACCGCUAUCUGAGGAGGCCGGGGCGCCGGGACCGGGGAGCGGGGCGGGGGAGACCGGCCUCGAAAGAGGGACGCUUGAAGGACCAGGUGAGAGAGAGCCGGGGAGAACCUCUGCCCUCCACCCUAGCCCCCGAGACGGGGAGUCGGCCGGGCCCAUCGGGUUGGGGGCGCCAAGCAGCACCCCCAGAAACUUGGGGGAGGGUUGGCUUGAGGUUGGGAGUGAGGCCCUCCGCCGCUCUUCCCACUGAGCCAAGCAGACCCCUUCUCUUGAGGGGGCGAAGGCCAAGCCCAGGUCAGCAUGGGGAAGGAGGGAAGGGUCAGGGAGGAAGAAGGGGGGGCGGGUCAGCGAGGGACAGGGACCGGAGAGUGAGAGGUAGAGGGGCUCUUUUAGAGAGUGGGGAGUGGGGGAGGUGCUGUUUAUUUUGUUAUUUAUUUUGGGCUGGGGGGCAAUUCUUGGCCCUUCUGAUCUACUCCUGAACAGGGAGUGGGGAAUUGCAGGCAAGUAAAGGGAACCAAGCUGGCACUCUCCCCAACGCCUAAAGGCCCUGCUAUCCACGCCCCGCCAAAGCUAGGGACAGGUCUGGAGUGGGGAGUGGAGCAGGAGAAGGGUGGGGCUCGGGGAGCCCGGGGGCCAGAGGGCUCAUUUACAGUAUUUACAAGUCGCCAGUAUUUGGUAGUGAGCUUGGCCUGCUCUGAAGCGGGCAUCUUCCUUAGCUCCA